AACUAUUUACCAGUUUUGCCAAAGUCGCGGUUUGCAUGUACCGGUAUCCGCCCGUUACCCAGCGCGAGUUGUUUGGAACACCAAAACUAAAAAUGGAGCUUGAGAUUAAAUGUGAUAAGAACAAUCGCAUAUGGAGAAUUUUUCACCGACUAGACAGAUUGAGAAAAGAUAAAGAUCGUUGUGAUGUUUUAAUUAAGGUUGGAUCUGAUGAAAUCCUGGCUCAUAAGAAUGUGUUGUCUGCAAACUCGGAUUAUUUUGAUAAGAUGUUUGCGCAUGAAACUAAGGAAAAACAAUCAGGAAUAUGUGAAAUGAAAGAAGUUGAUGCAUUUUGUGUUAAAAAAUGUGUCGACUACAUGUACAGCUGUGAAAUUGCGGCUCCAUUUGAAAAACUUGGUGAUUUAUUGCAUGUUGCCACAUUAAUGCAACUUGAUGAUGUUUGUAGCGGAAUCGUGAAACUUCUUGAAACAAAUCUGAGUUCAGAAUCAGUAUUUGAAACCAGAAAAGUUUCCAAAAUGUUCGAUCUGACAAAUCUUGAGGAAAUAUGCAAACAAUUCAUUUUGGAUAAAUUUCAAGAAAUCUCUAAGAUCGAUGAUUUUUGUUUUCUCGGUAAAGAGGAAGUUGUAAAAAUAAUAAAAAAUAAAAAACUGAAGUUAGAAGAUGUGAAGCUCAAUGCUGUAUUCAACUGGAUAAAAUUUGAUUCCAAAAGUCGUGAAGUGUAUGCAGACAAUAUAAUUGGAUUGGUUGAUUUAUCCAAACUGUCUCUUGGGUAUCGGAGUCAUGUUAUCGCUAAUGAAGACAUUGUCAGAGAGAAUGCUGUUCGUCUUUUCAAAUUCAGCAUGUCUGUGAUGGAUUCCAUGAACAUUACGCCAUCGAGCAUUGCUGAAAAUACGGGCAAAGAAGGCAUUGUCGUUUUCCAUUAUAAAUCUGGCUACCUUCAUUGUUAUAAUCCUGAAAACAACUCAUGGGUUCAAAUGCAAGAGAUGAAUAAGGAUAUGAUGGAUGAUUGUUCAAAUUUUUCUGCUGUUACUGUUGAUGACUUUAUUUAUGUUUUGAUGGAAAACAAGGCUGUUUACAGGCUCAAUUAUCUUGAUGAAGAUGCCACCUGGGAGAAAAUGGCUGAUAUGCUUGAACAUCAUGGAAGUUAUCCACCAGCUGUUGUUUCGAAUAACAACAUUUAUGCUAUUGGGAGUAAUGAUGUAAUUUCAUAUAAUUAUAUUACUCCUGUUGAGAAGUACGAUGUCAAUUCGAACAUAUGGACACGACUAAACAAUAUGCCACCACCGUUGGAUGGACCAAAAUCUUUAGAAGGACCAGGAUUAUCUGUUUUUCAAAAUAAGAUUUAUUGUUUUGGUGGCUUUCUCACUGGACACUUAAUAAAUAUAAUCAGUCAGUAUGAUGCUGGAUCGGAUGUUUGGAAAAUAGUUGGUGAUAUGCCUGUUGUGAAUUCAUAUCCUGCUUUUGUUACAGUUGGUGAAAGCAUUUAUAUUCUUGGUGGUGUUGAUGAAGAUUGCUUAGAAUCCACCAACACAGUUCGGCGUUUCAAUCCAAUUAUCAAUCACUGGCAAUCUCUAAGUCCAAUGCUUGUUGCUAGACAUGGGUUCCAUGCUUUUGCAAUUCAGUGUUUUAUUUAUGCAGUCGGGGGAGUCGAGGGCAGUUGCGGUAGUUUGGAGAAAUAUAAUAUCACAGAGGAUAAAUGGGAGCUAGUUGAGAUACCAGAAGGAAUGGAAUUAGACAUUUUGGGUUCAGUAAAAAUCAAAUUAAAAAUCUAACUUUUCAUCUUGAUCUCUGUACUCGAAGCUUUAUCAACUUCAAUGCAAAAUUAUCGCAUUUGUAAAUUGUUCCUCCUAAAAGUUUGUCAUGUAUUAUCGAAAGUUCUUAAAAUGUGUAUUUUGUGAAUUAAUUGAGUUUCUUCUUCAUGUAGCCUACAUUAAUGCAUUUUUUUUUUUCAGAUAUCAAAUAAAUCCUAAAAAAUUUCUGAAUUCAUUCUUUGUUUCAUUUGUUUGCACAAAUAUAAAACCCUGUUGUUUUCAGAAAGUCCUGUCAAGUAAAAUGGUCCACCAAAUUCCUGUGCAAACUGUGUAGAGCUUAAAAUAAGAGCAAAGUUGUCUUGAUGAACCUGGUUUGUUUUCUUUAUGAAUGAUCUGUCCUUUUCAGCAGAGUUUAAAUUUUUUUUUAAAAAAAAUUUUGAAUUUUUAAUUCAUUUUAAUUUUAUAUAUAUCUAAUUUUUUAGUUCAAUUUCCCAAAAACUAUCCUACUUUGGUACCAUUUGGACUCAUCCAAGACUGAAAUCGUUUAAACCGAGAUGUACUAUUGUAGUAAGGGUGCUCCCGAAGUAUGGGAACCAAGAUGGCGACACCAGAACGUAGUAUAUGUACCAGGUUAGGGUUAGGCCAUAAUUUGAUUCCAAUUUUUCUUAAAUUAGUUCUAUUACGAAUCGGGGACCAGCAUGCCAAAAUAUUGUUUCAAGGUCAUUUCAUCACACAUUAUGCAUUCUCUUGGAAAUAUAAACGAAU